AUGCAGGCAGCCUGGCUGUUGGGGGUCCUGGUGGUCCCCCAGCUCCUGGGCUUUGGCCAGGGGGCUCGGGGAGCUGAGCGGGAGUGGACAGGAGGCUGGGGAGGGGCUGUGGAGGAGGAACAGGACAGCGAGGCUUUGAUGCUAAAGCAUCUGCAGGAGGCUCUGGGGCUGCCCUCCCAUACGGGCGAAGACAAUUUCACCGGAAUCACCCUGGAUGAGAUCAGCCUGGAUGAAGGGCUCUGGGGGCCCGAGGAAGAGCGGGGAGAGCCCAAGGGGAAGGAAGCUACGACAACACCAGCCCCCUCGCCCAGCCCCAGCCCGUCUCCUACCCAGGAGGACACGGUCACUUACAUCUUGGGCCGCCUGGCCGGCCUGGACGCAGGCCUGCACCAGCUGCACGUCCGCCUGCACGCGCUGGACACCCGCGUCGUGGAGCUGACCCAGGGGCUGCGGCAGCUGCGGAAGGCGGCGGACGACACCCGCGAGGCCGUGCAAGCCCUGCAGGAGGAGCAGGCCCGGGCCGGGCGCGAGCGUGGCCGCCUGGAAGGCUGCCUGAAGGGACGGCGCGUGGGCCACAAGUGCUUCCUGCUCUCGCGCGACUUCGAGGCGCAGGCGGCGGCGCAGGCGCGCUGCGUGGCUCGGGGCGGAAGCCUGGCGCAGCCGGCUGACCGGCAGCAGAUGGAGGCGCUGACCGGAUACCUGCGGGCGGCGUUGGCGCCCUACAACUGGCCCGUGUGGCUCGGGGUGCACGACCGGCGCGCCGAGGGCCUCUACCUGUUCGAGAACGGCCAGCGCGUGUCCUUCUUCGCCUGGCACCGCGCCCCCAGCCCGUCGCCGCACCCGCUCAGCCCUAGCCAGCCCAAUGGCGGCGCGCUGGAGAACUGCGUGGCGCAGGCCUCGGACGACGGCUCGUGGUGGGACCACGACUGCGAGCGCCGCCUCUACUUCGUCUGCGAGUUCCCGGUCUAGCGCGGCCCGUUCCCCGACCCCAGGACCCAGGCUGGCCCUGGUCCACCGGGCCCCGGCGCCCCCUCCGAGGCGCCCCUGGUGCAGCGUGCAUGGGACGGGGCAGCAGCGGCCACCGGCCGCCUCCCCCUGCUCACGGGGCUGGCCAGCACGACCUGGCUCGCCCUGGAGCCCAGAACCUGGGCCUCGGCUUGGUUUGGGAUCAAGGGAUCCCCCAAAGACCAAGCGGCUUGCACCCCCAGGACCUUUCCCAGCAGGCAGGGCUGUCCCGCAGCUGCGCCCUUUCCCUCACGAGGCAUUGGUGGGGCAGAGGGUCUUGGAGAAGUGUAGCCUUCCACGUGCAUGUGUGGAAAGUCAGAAGGCACAUGGUCCGUCUCACACACGUAGGUGCACUUCUCUGUAUAUCUGACUUUCAAAUAAAAAAAUCUUUAAAAAUUGUUUUGAGUUAUUAGGAUUCCCAUGGCUUGGAGGAGGGGGUCCCCGAAUGCCGGUCGCCGUUGUCCACUGAGCCCCCAGCAUGCCGCGGGCGUCUCCGAAUGGCAUGGCUGAAGACGAAAUCUUGGCUGUUUUUGCAGUUUUUGCAGCAGCUUCGUGCUGGCUUCAUCCUUGGCGCAUCUGUUGACACAGCGAGCGCACGCGCACACACACACACCCAGUCUCCACCUGCCCCACUCCUGGCAGGGUGAGGUGAUAGGACAAAAUGGAAAUGGACAGAGAGGUGCAAGGAGGGCGGUGGAGGACUGUCCCCUAAACCCUGCCUUGGGGGU